UUUAACUUUUGAGAGACACAAACAGGCACAGUUAUCCAAACGAAAUGGUCGAACUCCAACAAAAAGAUUAGAGGGACUGGUGCCUAAAAUGGAAGAAUUUCACAACCAGGGAGAGUUGCUAAAGGUCAUUUGGAAGUUGCUGUACUCAACCUCAUCAGCUAGAGACCAGGGUACUCUGUAUGCAGCACGCAAUACCUUAAAUGCAAGAAAUGUGACCCAAGAUCCGGCUGAUGAUUAUUAUGCAGCUUCUGAUCUUGUUGAGAAAGUUGCCACAGCAUAUAUUAUAACAGGUGGUCUUACUCAUUUUGGAAUGGAAAGUAUAGACUCUAUACCUUGUAAACAUGUGUAUGAUGGUGAAGUUGGGAAUACAAAUGACAUGCAGGAAUAUAUUUUUGAUCAGGCACGCUCGUUUGUUAAGACAUUCACAUUGCCAGAAGUACCUAAACUUCCAGAAUAUGGGCCAAAUUGCAAUACGUAUAAUUGUAGAUACUGUGGAAAAAAGUAUAAACAACCACAUUCACUCAGAAAACACGAAUUUUCUAUCCAUGGUCAUUAUGACCUUCUUUUUGCUAAGGAAAAAGUUUCAAGUAGCAAAGAUAAUGAAAAUGAAUCUGAUGGUGUUAGUGCGUAUAUAAAGUUGGUUUUAACAUUAGGUUUAUUACGAAUGGAUCGCAACGAUGCAAUUCAUAUGGGUGAUGGAUCAAGGAUGUUGAGAAUUGACCAGUUCCUUGUUUUGUACUAUAAAUAUUGUCAUUGUACAAAAUACGCCUUUGGUACUUUGGAAACUAUAGCUCAAACUGAAGUUUUGUUAACAGAACGCCAGGCACACAGACUGAUAUGGAACAGGACUGUAAACCAUAGAGGGGACGUAAACACAAAUCAUCCUAAUGAUUUAGAUGUAGAACAUUGUAAUAAGGUGUUUAAAGAUUUUGCCCAUAGUUACAGAGGUGUUUUUACUGAGAAAGUGGUUGCUAGAGUCAGUAAGAGUGCAAUGAAAGUACAUGAAAUUAUCAAACAGUUUGACAAAGUGUGUAAUGUGCGUGUUCCAUCAGGACGACAUAAGACAUGUGACAAGGAAAUAGACAUUAUAACAUUGGUCAGACAAUUCCAGGCAUGUAAUUUAUUCGAUUUCAUUCCUGGCCGAUCACAUUAUGCCUAUCCAAACAUAAAGGAAAAUCCCCUUACAGAAUUAGACAUCGAGUUUGUUAGAGACUGGAUUGCUGCUAGUUUAAAAAAGUUUCAAAACAAACAUUUCUGUUAGCAGAACUGUUUUAUUAUUUCAAAACAUUUCAUCAUCUGAACUGUAAAUGACUUGUGGUUUUCUUGUUGACGAUUCUAAAACAUCACUGUCACUAUCACUUGAAAACAUAUCAUCGAGUUCGGUAAAGUCAUUGUCAUCAUUAUCAUCACUAUCAUCAUUGUCCUCAUUAGACAUAAUAGCUGUGUAUAUAUUAGGAAGGACUUGAUUACAAGUGUUUGUACAUACACAUUCAUCUUCACAACUGCAUGCACAUUUGCAUGAGAGACGACAAAUAUCACAACAAAAGUGAGGUAUAUGUGCAUGUUCAACAAUUGUUUUAAAUAUAUUUAGAAUA